ACCUGUUGUUUACAAACGCAUUCAUAAACAUAUACACUUUGAACGUGAUCAGUUCAUUACAAAUACACAGAAAAAAAUAAAAUGGAAAAACUGUGUCCUGCAAUAUUUGGAAUAAUUACAUUAGUUUUAUUAUGUGCUGGAGCCUUCUCUCCCGGAUGGGUUGUGAUGGACACUACUAGCAUAAGAGGAAUUGCUGGCCAUGAUACUUCAGGCGGCGUUGAAGUGCACAUGGGAUUAUUUUAUCUAGUUGUCGUAGGGAAAAAUUAUACGACAGCAAUAGGAUAUGGAGAUGUUAGUGGGCUCAGCGUUUUUAGUUUGGGGUUUCUUGAAUUCCAGAUAGAAGUUAUCCUGGGAAUAGUCUUAUGUUUAAUAUCAGUCAUACUGACUUUUACAUACAAGAAAGACGGAACAAAUGGUGUUUUGGUUGCCAGUAUCAUAAUGUACAUCAUAGCAGGAUUAUCUACAAUUGUAGCAGUGGGACGUUGGCUUACCGGUGUUAUAUUGAUUUCAACUUACACAAACAUAACAAUGAUCGUUCCAUACUCUUUAAUUUUGAGUGGUCUUGGCGCCGUCUUUUGUGGGAUCAUAAUGAUAUGUACAAGUUGUAUGUGUUGCCAGCACAACGCUGCUAGAAGACCAGCCCAAGGGGGUCAGGUGUUUUCAGAUGUACCAAUGACCGGUUAUCCACAAACACAGCCUUAUACACAAGGACCGCCGUCAUAUGGACGGGACAAUAAGGGCUACGAAUACAACUACAGUAAUAACAGUGGCUUACCUCGUAAAGAUUAUUAAUGUUAAUAAUUUGUGCGGCAACCAAAUAUGGAAAUAAGUUAUUGAAACGUAAAACGAUGAUAGAUUACUUUACAAUUAUAGCAAAAACUGUAAAAUUGUUUUUAUAAAAGUUAAUGUCUAUUUUACAUCACAUACAUUUGAUUCAAACUCGUAUAUUUGAUCAAAUCUGAUUUAAAUACUGAUCAUAUGGCCAAGCUUUGCUUCAAUUGAUCUGACAACAAUCCAUUGUACUGUGUGUUUAAGUUACUUUUUCGUCAGCCAAUGAAAUUUCAACCCUCAAUUAAGUAGCUGCCAUAUUUUCACUUUAUGACAGACAGAGUUGACGAUUAUACGAUUUGUUUGCGUAAAAAAAAUAAAAUCGUGCACAGAAGA